UAAUAGAUUAUCUUCUACAAAUUAGCUAUGAUGUACAAUUUUAGGAGAGAAACAAGUAAGUUAACUCAUACGUAAUAUACAUUGAAGACGCAUGUUAAAGAAUGCCCUGCAUGAAUUUUCCUCAGAACCCUUUACAAAAUGGGCAAGUUCCAUGGCAAAUGCAUAAGAGCUCUGUAGUAUGCAAAGAGUUUAUUCAUGGCAGAAGAAUUGCAGGCUGCUGAGUUAAAUGGAUUUGGGGCCUGAACAGAAUUAUUGAAUCAGAACAAAAGAGCCCUAUGGAGCAGAUAAAAAGAACUCAAGAUUCGGUUCCAUGCAAUGGCUAGCUAUUUAGAAGCUGCCUUUCUUAAGGAUCUAAGAAUAACAUACUAUUGUCUUCUCUUUCUCUCACUCAUGUGCCUAUUUGGAUGUUACUCCAGUAUUGCUGAAGACACCUAAUUGAGAAAUAACAAGUAACAUUUACUUUUUGUGGAGUAAUGAAUUUUGGAAUUUAAAAUGUGGGCCUUGAUAUGUCCUAGAAGUGACAAGUUGCCAAAUUCCUCUGAUCAAUAAAGCAGUUUCAAUCUAAAGUGCAAUUGGAAACUACAGCAGGAAAUAUAUUCCCCAAACUGGAUCUGAAAAUGUGUGAAAACAGAAUGUUUGGUUUUUUUCAGGCUGCAGUUAUUAACGUAUGGACAUCAGUAAAUCCCCACCUGAACUAAGCUGAACAUUUUCCUUAGACACUGUUUUUUUUAAAAAAAUAUAUCAUUAACUUCAUUAUCCAGCGAACUUAGAUGUCAAGAAGCACAUAUUAAAGAAUGAUAGUUAUGUUGGUUCAUGAGGAGGAAAAUAAUCCAAAAUGCAGUAAAUAUUAGGACUAACCCAAGCAGUGCAAAGGAGCCUGGUUCUCUUGAACAGUUGAGAAGUUACCAGAGCAGGGAAGAGGAGAAAGCAAACAAAUCCAAUAUUUAGGGAAGGUAUUUUAGCCUCAAUUAGUCUAUAUACCAUAUAGUGUAAAUCAGUGUUUUUCAAACUUGGUAACUUGAAGAUGUGUGGACUUCAACUCCCAGAACAUCUGGCUAAGGCAUUCUGGGAGUUGAAGUCUAUACAUCUUAAAAGUUGCCAAGUUUGAAAAACACUCAUGUAAAUUUUGGGAGUUAAAAUUUGCUGAGGUUGAGAAACAUUGUCUUAGAGCAGUUGAAUCCACAUCUUAGUUGUGGAAUUUAUUUCCUUUUUUAUCUACCUUUUCCAGCGAAUAUAUUGAUACACUAUUAAGACAAAUAGAAUAUACUCUCCCUCACCGGAACUGAAUCGGCAGUCAGUGAUCUCACUGCCAAGUAAUAAACUUGUCAUUUAAGAAUUGGCUUUCCCUGAUGGCUGUGAUUUGAAAAUCUCUUUCCAUGAACUUUUACCAGUCAGGUACCCUCCAGACCAUCUGAACUACAAGUUGUCUGCAGAUGCUGGGAAUUGCAUCCAAACAUGUCCUGAGAGCAUUGGAUUAAAUAUCUUUUACUUCUGCCCUUGGGACUGUAUGAUUAACAUUAAUCUAGAUCUUUGCUCUUGCUUGUAUUAGGUGCACGUGUCUGAUCUGUUAGUCCAGUGGGGAAAAUGUAUGUUGUCCCUACUGCCAACUCUUGGGUUAGUUGAGGACGGUCAGGCAGUCGUCACGAUUUUGAUGUAUUUGUAUGUGGAAAAAAACCACGCUCCUCAUCCUGAGCCUGAACUCUGGAAUCUCUUGGAACAUUGUGUAGGGAAUACACGUGGUUGCAAACAUCUGAUUACUAUUCCUUUCCCGCUGUGAUGCAAGGCUAUAAGCUAUUGCAGUUAAGAUCUCACUGAAAGCUGGCUGGAGUGAAUUGGAUCUGGGAAUGCCGUACUUUUAAGAACAUCUUCCAUGGACAAGAGAACAUCUUAUAGCUUCCUGUGCUGGAUGGGAUCUAGUGGCCUUCGUAGGAUUUUUGCCACAAGUUUCACAAGAGAACUAGAGUUGGCUCUUGUGCCGUGGGGACAAGGGCUCUAGUUUUGCAAGGCGCUAGUUUUUCCUCCAAUGCAGAACAAGAGAAGGAGCACGCCUCAUUCUUGCAAAGAGACGUUUUGUACUUCCGAAAACUCCAACAAGACUUGCCUUUCCAGCAUUUGGAGAGCUGUUUCUGGGCACGGUUCUCCCUGCCCUUCCAGUGUCUUGUGCAGGGACCUGUUGUGUAACCAUCUCACCCCUAGCCAAUCUUCCCAGUUUCAGUUUGGGCUGUGGCCUCUUUCCAGAGUAGAUCAUGGGGGUUCUUGGCCACCCGGAGCCCACUGGAGGAAGGGUGUGAAUUCUGAAAUGGCCCCUGUGAUAGGCCAGAGACCUGCUGCACAUUCAAGGCUGUUGUUGGUUGUCAGGGGAAAGGACUGAUUGACUGAGGAACUGACUGACUGCCCAGGGCAGCUUCUUUCUGCCUCUCAGGAAUUUGCAGGGCGCUGGCCUAGUGUGGCCAGGCCUGCCUUCUCCCCUCCAUCAUGUUUCUACUGCUGCCCUUUGACAGUCUGGUAGUUAGCCUGCUGGGCAUUUCCCUGACGGUCCUCUUCACUCUGCUUUUGGUCUUCAUCAUUGUGCCAGCCAUCUUUGGAGUCUCCUUUGGCAUCCGCCGUCUCUACAUGAAAACUCUUCUGCGGAUCUUCCAGUGGGCAACGUUAAGAAUUGAGCGGAGCGCCAAAGAGAAGAACCACCCUGUCUAUAAGCCCUGUGUCAACGGGAUCAUUGCCAAAGAGCCCACUUCGUUGGAAGAGGAGAUGAAGGAGAACCGGAAGAGCUCCAGCAGCAAGACCCUGGACGCCCCUGAGUUUGAGCUCUCCGACAUCUUUUACUUCAGCCGCAAAGGUGUGGAGAGCAUUAUGGACGAUGAGGUGACCAAGCGUUUCUCGGCAGAAGAGCUGGAGUCCUGGAACUUGCUGAGCAGGACCAACUACAACUUCCACUACAUCAGCCUGCGCCUCACAGUACUCUGGGGGAUGGGACUCCUGAUCCGCUACUGCUUCUUGCUGCCACUCAGGGUUGCCCUGGCUUUUACUGGUAUUGGCCUUUUGGUGACAGGCACUACCAUGGUGGGCUACUUACCCAAUGGAAGGUACAAAGAAUUCCUCAGCAAGCACGUGCACCUGAUGUGCUAUCGGAUCUGCAUAAGAGCUCUUACAGCUAUCAUCACCUAUCAUCACCGGGAAAACAGGCCCCGCAACGGAGGAAUCUGUGUGGCUAACCAUACAUCUCCAAUUGACGUCAUAAUUCUGGCCAGCGAUGGCUACUAUGCAAUGGUGGGCCAAAUCCACGGAGGGCUCAUGGGCGUCAUACAGAGGGCCAUGGUGAAGGCUUGUCCUCAUGUCUGGUUUGAACGUUCUGAGGUCAAGGAUCGCCAUCUAGUGGCUAGACGGCUAUCGGAACAUGCUAAUGAUAAAAGUAAACUGCCCAUCCUUAUUUUCCCUGAAGGCACGUGUAUCAACAACACUUCUGUGAUGAUGUUUAAGAAAGGGAGUUUUGAGAUUGAUGCUAUAGUUUAUCCUGUCGCCAUCAAGUAUGACCCCCAAUUUGGAGAUGCCUUUUUUAACAGCAGCAAAUACGGUAUGGUGAACUAUCUGCUCAGGAUGAUGACUAGCUGGGCAAUUGUCUGCAGCGUCUGGUACCUGCCCCCAAUGACCAGAGAACCUACUGAAGAUGCAGUGCAGUUUGCCAACCGGGUGAAAUCUGCCAUUGCCAGACAGGGAGGCCUGGUGGAUCUCUUGUGGGACGGGGGCCUAAAGAGGGAAAAGGUGAAGGACACCUUCAAGGAAGAACAGCAGAAGCUCUACAGCAAGAUGAUCGUGGGCAAUCACGAGGACCGAAGUCGCUCCUGAGCUCCCAGAGAUUGGGAGGGGAGGGGGAAUAAGGGGGGAUCUGUUACAGCACUGACUGCCUAAGAACAAUUCCUGGUCUUGGGACUCCUAGAUGACCUGCAGCAGCAUCCAUUUUUCAAACUCCCCCCCCCUCCCCGCCCGCUCCCCAUGGUGCUGCUCCCUUGUGUCCAAAGGAAAAGAGACCUGGUCAUAAUUUCUCCAGCUCAGACCCAGCAGCAGCAACCGAGGACUUUGGCAAGUGCAGUGCUGGUCGUCUUUGGCAGCAAUCGGCUGAAGUCCACCCAUGUCUCCAGCGGAGUGCCACCGGGGCAGGCGGAGAUCCUCCCACCACUUCCGGUAGGAAGUGCUUCGGAGGAAGGCCGGCCAGCACCUCCUUGCUCCUUCCGCCCUCACUCCCGUCUCCCCUCUCAAGAAAAAUGGAAAGCUGAAUGCAGCGGCUGCAUGGGUCCCCCUCUGCAUUUUAUAUUAAAUAAUGUUGAAGGAGGCA